AUGACCAUGACUGCUCGAUUCGCGAUUCUCCCUGAAGACAUCAUCCAAACUCUCUCGGUGCAAUUGGAGCAACCGAACGAAGUCGUUCAGUUUCUCUCCUUGCCACACCCAAGGACUGGACUCUUGUCCCUAUUUCUUCCAACACCCGAUGCCAUCCUUGAGGUACAAGCAGUUUCACCGCCUGAAGGCCGCUCGUGGUUUCUUGGGGAGCACGUAUAUGAAGAUGGGAGGCUUGUAAUGAUGACCCCAAUAGAUCCAGCUUUCCUUCUUCUACCUCUACUCAAGGCCGGACAGUCGGACGUGUUCCGUACAGGCGAGGACCUUUUCGAGGAGAUAACAAGAAAGAUUGUGGAGGAAUCCGAAGGGAACAACAAAACCCUGUUAGAACGAAGCAUAGCAACACUGGCCGGUUUGCCAUGUGCACAGAAAGCUCUCCGACUCAUCUGCGACGUUAAAGAAUUUGGGCCCGGAACCGUCGUGUAUAGGCAUUCCCCAGAAAAAGCUGAGCAGUACUUGCGUAGCAAGAUCGGCAGGUUAGAGAAUUCCAAGACGCUGGAAGUGUCAAGGACAAUUGUUCGUCAUCUGGCGAAGGAGGGUCUCAUGGAAGAUGGAAGGGAGAAGCUGUUGGCUGUCGGUCGCACCAAGGCCGCUUUCGAUCUCGUUGCCCAGUAUCUCUCUCCCGAAAUGAAGCAGACUUUACUGGCAACCUACGAUUUCGCCGAGUUGGAGGCACACUUGAGACAGAACAUGGCAGACGAGGUCCCUCUCAAAAGCGCGACAAACACGAAGAAGGGCGCUGCAGGUAAAGCCGAAGGAGAUGGCAAGAAGCGAAAGGCAGCAAAGGGUUCACAUGGCGUCGAGCAACUCAAAAAGGUCAAUACUACCGGCAUGGCGAAACUAUCGAGUUUCUUCAAUAAGGCGGAGAAGGCCAAGUCUUAG